AAAGUUCGCACCGAAACAGAGUAAAGGCGACUCUCUCUCUCUCUCUGUCUCUCUCUCUCUCUCUCUCUCUCUAUACGCGGAGAGAAACGAUAAUGACCAGUUCCUCGGGUCCUUCUCGCAAGGCCCUAAGCAAGAUCGCCGCAAAUCGCCUCCAAAAGGAGCUCGCGGAAUGGCAGGUCAACCCCCCCGCCGGAUUCAAGCACAAGCCCACCGAUAAUCUCCAAAGAUGGGUAAUCGAGGUAUUGGGGGCGCCGGGGACGCUUUAUGCGAAUGAGACGUACCAGUUGCAGGUCGAUUUCCCGGAGCAUUACCCCAUGGAAGCUCCCCAGGUCAUAUUUCUCCAUCCCGCGCCUUUGCAUCCGCAUAUAUACAGUAACGGGCAUAUCUGUUUAGAUAUUUUAUAUGAUUCCUGGUCGCCAGCAAUGACUGUUAGUUCUGUUUGCAUCAGCAUUCUGUCCAUGCUGUCGAGCUCAACUGUGAAGCAACGCCCAGCUGAUAACGAUCGCUAUGUCAAGAACUGUAGGAAUGGUCGUUCUCCUAAGGAGACGAGGUGGUGGUUCCAUGAUGACAAAGUUUAAAAGCACAAUGACAACCAUUUGGGCUUCUCUUCAAAAAGCGAAUUGGCUCUCAUUGUUGAGAAGCAGCAAUUAGUCAUUUAAGCAAUGGUUUCAUGAGCAGCUGUAAACUUGCAUGUUAGGAGGCAUUUGUAAAGUCUGACAAACUGUAUCCAUCUUUACUAUUUACACUCUUGAAAGGAAAAAAAAAAAAAAAAAAAAACUGUAUCUACCCUAAUAGUCAAUAAGUCAAUGCAGUGCUUUAUAUGUAAUGGAGCUUGCCACUCAGUUUUUCUAUCUUAAUUUCGGUUGUACUUUCGUAUACAUUUAAA